CCAUCAGUCCAAUACAUGUCGCUGUUGCACUACGGUAGUGGGAAACAGGAAGUUCCGGGUUGCCUGCCACCAUUCUUCGGAAUAAAGAAAACGACAGAACGUUGAUGUGCGUUUCGCUUUAUUACUACAGGCCAACUCCGAUUAUGUCUGAGGCCAGUAACAUCAAAAGUGAGGACAAACCCAAUCUACAGUCACUGGGUCCUGAUUGUGACAGUGGAGCCCAGUUUGCUCUGCAGGAUCCAGAGAUGGCAUCAGUGAAGCUGGAAGACUGCAGUCAAACACUGGAGCUGAAUGUCAACAUUAAAGAUGAAGAAGAGGAGGAGAAGAUUGGGGAAUCUGUUUAUGAUGGAGACCAUGUUGAGAUAUUCUCUACAUCCGGAGAGCAACAGCAGGAAGAUCACAGAGCUAACAGGUCUCACCACUGCCCACAUUGUGAGGAGAUUUUCCCAAUUCUAUCAAAACUAGAAAUUCACCUAAAAAUACACACAGGAGAUAAUCUGUAUUCCUGCACUGACUGUGGGAAGAGUUUCACAACAUCACAGGCUCUGACAGUUCAUCUGCGAGUCCACUCUGGAGAAAAACCUUACUCCUGCUCUGACUGUGGGGAGAGUUUCUCUCAACAGAGCAGCUUAAAAACACACCAACGUAUACACACAGGAGAAAAGCCUUACUCAUGCUCUGACUGUGGGAAGAGUUUCUCCGUAUCCAGCAACUUAAAAACACACCUAAAAAUACACGCUGGGGAGAAGCCUUACUUUUGCUCUGACUGUGGGGCAAAUUUUUCUCAACAGAGCCACUUACAAACCCACCAACAUAUACAUACAGGAAAGAAGCAUUACUUAUGCUCUGACUGCGGAAAAUGCUUCAUAACAUCAGCUGAGUUAAGAGUUCAUCAGAGAACACACACAGGAGAGAAACCUUACUGCUGCUCUGACUGUGGGAAGAGUUUCUCUCAACAGAGCAACUUAAAAUGUCACCAGCGAAUACACACAGGAGAGAAGCCUUAUUCCUGCUCUGAUUGUGGGAAGAGUUUCACCCAUUUGGAUAUAUUAAAAUGUCACCAGCGAAUACACACAGGAGAGAAGCCUUACUCCUGCUCUGUCUGUGGGAAGAGUUUCUCCCAACAGGGCAACUUAAAAACACACCAACGUAUACAUAAAGGAGAGAAGCCUUACUCCUGUUCUGACUGUGGAAAAUGCUUCACAACAUCAACUGAGCUAAAAGUUCAUCGGAGAACACACACAGGAGAGAAGCCUUACUGCUGUUCUGACUGUGGGAAGAGUUUCUCCCGAUUGGCUACCUUAAAAACACAUCAAUGUAUACAUAAAGGAGAGAAGCCUCAUCACUUCUCUCAGACCAGCUAAGAUUAAAGUCACUCCAUCGAUUAAUCCUCAUCUCGUAAAAGAAGUGGUAACAGUGAAUUGGAUCAAAUGAAGAAAGUGUAGAACACUAUUGUAAUCCAAUUGUUUCUCAAUGUGAGAGAACUGUGCAGAGGAAAGGGAGUGUUAUAGAAUUAUGACAUUGGAAAUCAUCUUUCUCCAAAUUAUUUUACUACAAAACAUAGAAAUGUGCCAUUUUCACAUAUGUUGAUGUUGGGGUGGUGCUGGGAAUGAUAAAUAUGAAGUUGGAACAUUUUUAAAUGUCCCUUUUUAAGGCAAAAACAAUAGGAUAGUGGUUGGUGGGGUGGAUCAGCAAAGACAUGAAAGUCUAGCAACCCAACGGUUGCGUGUUCAAAUCUCAUCACGGACAAUUGUAGCUAAUAAGCAACUUUGCAACGACACUACAUGACCAAAAGUAUACCGUUCAAAAGUUUGGGGUCACUUAGAAAUGUCCUUGUUUUUGAAAGAUAAGCAAUUUUUUUGUCUGUUUUAUAUAACAUCAAAUUGAUCAGUGUAGACAUUGUUAAUGUUGUAAAUUACUGUUGUCGUUGGAAACGGCUGAUUUUUUUAUGGAUAAUCUACAUAGGCGUACAGAGGCCCAUCAUCAGCAGCCAUCACUCCUGUGUUCCAAUGGCACGUUGUGUUAGCGAUUUCAAGUUGAUCAUUUUAAAAGGUUAAAUGAUCAAUAGAAAACCCUUUUGCAAUUAUGUUAGCACAGCUAAAAACAGUUGUGCUGGUUAAGUUGGACUAGAUGAGUAUCUGGAGCAUCAGCAUUUGUGAGUUUGAUUACAGGCUCAAAAUGGCCAGAAACAAAUAACUUUCUUCUGAAAGUCGUCAUUCUAUUCUUGUUCUGAGAAAUGAAGACUAUUCCAUGCGAAAAAUUGCCAAGAAACUGAAAAUCUCAUACAACGCUGUGUACUACUACCUUCACAGAACAGCACAAACUGGACCUAACCAGAAUAGAAAGAGGAGUGGGAGGCCCCGGUGCUCAACUGAGCAAGACGACAAGUACAUUAGAGUGCCUAGUUUGAGAAACGGAUGCCUCACAAGUCCUCAACUGGAAGCUUCAUUAAAUAGUACCCGCAAAACACCAGUCUCUAGGCAGAGUUGCAAAGAAAAAGACAUCUCAGACUGGCCAAUAAAAAUAAAAGAUUAAGAUGGGCAAAAGAACACAGACACUUGACAGAGGAACUCUGCCUAGAAGGCCAGCAUCCUGGAGUCACCUCUUCACUGUUGACGUUGAGACUGCACUGUAUUUCUGAUCAAUUCGAUGUUAUUUAAUGGACAAAAAACAACUUUUGAACGGUAGUGUAUGUGGGCACCUACUCGUAGAACAUCUCAUUCCAAAAUCAUGGGCCUUAAUAUGGACUUGGUCCCCCUUUUGCUGCAAUAACAGCAUCCACUCUUCUGGGAAUCACUAGAUUUUGGAACAUUGCUCUGGGGACUUUUUCCAUUCAACCACGAGCAUUAGUGAGGUCAGGCACUGAUGUUGGGCGAUUAGGUCUGGCUCCCAGUCAACGUUUCAAUUCAUCCCAAAGGUGUUCGAUGGGGUUAAGGUCAGGGCUCUUUACAGGCCAGUCAAGUUCUUCCACACUGAUCUCGACAAAUCAUUUGUGUAUGGACGUCUAUUUGUGCUCGGGGGUAUUGUCACGCUGAAACAGGAAAGGGCCUUCCCCAAACUGUUGCCACAAAGUUGGCAGCACAGAAUCAUCUAUAAUGUCAUUGUAUGCUGUAGCGUUAAGAUUUCCCUUCACUGGAACAAAGGGAACUAGUCCGAACCAUGAAAAACAGCCCCAGACCAUUAGUUGUCCUCCACCAAACUUUACAGUUGGCACUAUGCAUUGGGGCAGGUAGCGUUCUCCUGGCAUCCACCAAACCCAGAUUAGUCCGUCGGACUGCUAGAUGAUGAAGUGUGAUUCACCACUCCUGAGAACAUGUUUCAACUGCGUCAGUUCAAUGGUGUUUAGUUUUACACCACUCCAGCCAAUGCUUGGCAUUACGCAUGGUGAUCUUAGGCAUGUGUGCUGCUGCUCGGCCAUGGAAAACCAUUUUAUGAAUCUCCCAACGAACAGUUCUUGUUGACAUUGCUUCCAGAAGCUGUUUGGAACUUGAUUGUGAGUGAUGCAACCGAGGACAGACAAUUUUUACAUGCUUCAGCACUCGGCGGUCCUCAAGCAGGGCAGACAUUUGAUGAACUGGCGGUGCCACAUUGAAAGUCACUAAGCUCUUCAGUAAGGCUAUUCUACUGCCAAUGUUUGUCUAUGGAGAAUGCAUGGCUGUGUGCUCGAUUUUAUACUCCUGUCAGCAAUGGGUGUGGCUGAAAUAGCCAAAUCCACAAUUUGAAGGGGUGUCCUCAUACUUUUGUGUAUAUAGUGUGCUUACCAUGUUAAUGUUAGCAACAACAAAUUGGAAUUCGUAAAAUAUCAUACGUAUAGAAAAUUGUAACAUAUUGUACGAAAUGUAAUUCGUAACAUACUAUACAUCCUACAAAUCGUAUUACAGUUAUAGGCCAAUGUAAUGUAACAUAACAUACUAAAUUGUGUGGUAUGUUUUUUUUUUUUUUUUCAUAUAGUACGUUAUGCUCUGACACCAAGUUGUCCCUCUGCAGUUCUCUGUGGGAAUUAGUUGGUAGAUACAGUUGAAUUUGGUAGUUUACAUACACUUAGGUUGGAGUCAUUAAAACUUGUUUUUCAACCACUCCACACAUUUCUUGUUAACAAACUAUAGUUUUGGCAUGUCGGU